CGUCGUCGGACUAUAAAUAGGGGAGUCAGGACCAUGGACAAGCCUGCCAAACCUGUCAACAAGCAGCCAAGUCCAUCUUUUCUAGUGUUGCUUAGUGAGCAAGCUUAGAGACCAUGAAGCCUAUCUUUGCUUUCAUCUUCCUCUUGUCUAUUCUCUUGUUUGCAGAAGUCAAUGAUGCAAGGAAGAGUCCAGGUGACUACUGGAAGAAGAUAAUGAAGGACCAGCCCAUGCCGGAGUCAAUCAGAGAUCUCAUUCGCCCCGGGAAUGAAAAGAACACCAAUGAUUUCAUGAGGGAUUUCGACAUGAGACCUAAUGUAAUCAUAUAUCACAGCCAUGGUGAUGCCAAGGAAAAGAAGCACUGCGGGGAAAAUGCUGAGAAGGGAGAGGACGAGCGGUUGAAGAUGCCUGAUAAUCAAGAUCAGAAGAAGAUGACAUCUGCUUAGUCUGAAACUAGAGAAGGAAAAGAAAAUGAUGAAAAAUAAUAUGGUAGAUGCUUUUCUGCAGCAAGUUAAUAUGUCGAACUUAUUUUAUUAUACAGUAUUAUUAUGCAUAUGCUUGUAAUUUGAGCGUUGUCAGACUAUUAUCCAUUUUGCUAUCUCUGUCCGAUCUUUCCA